AAUUGUCCAAGAUUGCGAACACGCAUUUUUCAUUUUGCACUAAUAAAAUCUUUUAACAUUUAUUUAAUUCAAUUUUUAAAGUUUCAAGUUUCCAACUUGUAAAAACUAUAUAAUUGCAUUCAUAUAAUAAUACAAAGGCAUUUGCAACUCUGUGCGGCUUUAUUUUUUAUCAGUAAAAUCAUCUAACGAAAAAAAAACUAAUUGAUUGACAAUUACAAUUAGUUUCGAUUAUACCUAAAAUAGAUAUUGUCUUCUAGUAAUCCAUCUUUGAGAGGUCCUAUCCGUUUACGUCUGCCCUGUCGCAGAGAGGAAACUAUCAUGCGACGUAAUUGCGAGGACGACACAAAUUGACGCUUGAACCGCAAUCGAUCUUAAUCGAGAGGAAAAGAACAUCGAUUUGCGGUCUAACGCGGAAAGGGUCAGAUGGGGAAUAGUGGACGGACGAAUUACGUGGUGGCCGCGGCGAAGUGUGUACGGGGGAUGGUAAGAGGCUCUAGUUAAGGGUGCGCUGGCGUACGGAGAAUAGGAAAAAGGAGGGUGGAACGAGCGAGAAAGCAUGAAAGAGAUACGAUCCAACGUCAUUCUCAUAUACGUUUCUCUCUGCUGAGAGCAGUCGGGGGUUGCGAGAAAUUUCAUGAGGCGACGCAUAUAUAAUAUUGACAUAUGUAGCACCGUUGCAUCGAACAUAAAAAAUGAUGAAAAAUGAAAACGCAAAUCGCAAAUGAAAUUUCAAUCACAGUUAUUGCAACUCGUCUAUUUGUUAGUUUAUCCUUUAGUUUGUAAUACGAUAGAAAUAUAUCUACCGAUUUAAUUGCAAGAGCAUUGAACUUUAGUCAUACUGAAGGUAUGAAUUAAAUAUAUAAUAUUUAAUGAAUAUUUAAUAGAAACUUAAUAUAUUUUUGUGAUUAGUCAGCGUAGCUAAACGAUAUACAUCAUUUUUAUGCUGGUUUAAUUGCGGCUUCUUCGAAACAUAUCAUAUAAAUCAGUGAUCAACGUUUAAAAGUAAAUUGACAAAGAUGUUAUUCUGCAAUACAAUCACUUAACAGAAUAUAGAUAAUAUAGCUUGCAUAGACAAAAUAAAGCACAAUACAUAUCGCUGUAUUUUUAAAAAGAGUUUUCGUCACCACUUAUCAGUAGAAAUUCAUAGAACUAGUGCGCCGGCAUGUCCGUUCGGUGCGUUACGCACUACCGAAACGUAAUGGCGGUAAAGUGCGCUCGGCUCGUCCCAAUUUGGGGUCGAUUCGGGGAUUCCUACCUGGGCGAGCGCCACAGGAGCUACAACGAGUGGUGGAAGACGCAGCACGGGGAUGUGGGCGGACAGCCCGGCGACAACAAUGAGCAUUGUGAUUUGCGCGGGUGUGCCUCGCGCCCCAUUGGUCGAUUCUCACCACCUCCACGGUCCCGUUUCCCGAGGCGAAAGCGAGCUCGCCGGCAAGAGGGUUGUGCUACCACCUCCAAGCCGAACAAUGCACAAUGCGCGCGGCGAAUCACCUGGAGGCCCGGGAUCGCCGCUCGUCGCCCGACCUCGUGUCUUUGAUAUAUUUUCGCGUUACGCUGUGAAUCGCUUUUUAUCCGAGUGUUACACUUUUCGGGGGUAAAUGUUUAAUUAUCUAUAUUAAUCUGAUGACGUAUAAUAAUAUUGAACACAAAGUUGCUAUAACUCGACCAAAGAAGGAACUUAAGAGCAUCAUUAGAAAAAAUGUUUUGUUGGCACUAUUCAGUUAGUAUAGGUAAUUAUUUUUAUUUACUUGUAUUUCAACAAUUUUUUUCUUCUAGAUGAUAACGAAUAGCGAGGUGUUAAGUAAUUGGUUAGCUUCAUAAAAUAAAAAAAUUAAAAUUUGAUAACAUUUUAACCCAGACAUCGUUAAUUUUUUAAAUAUUUUAAUAUUACAUUAUUCAGUCCUUUAUUUUAUCACGUAGUUGAAUCGAAGAAAAAAAGAGCAUUUUUUUAUAAUUAAAAAAAAUUUAUCACGCAUUUAUUUUAACAGAGCACUUUCCAUAUCUGAUUUCCGCGCAGCUGACGUUGAUUUAACAUAUUAUUUGCGUUCCUUUUUUCACUCUCAUUAACCGACAAAUUGAUAGAGAGUGAAGGAAAAUAUGACGCGAACGAGAGAUGGGCAAAUAGCCUUAAAAGGUAUAAUCAAAGCACGACGUGCACAUCGCGAUGACAGACGCCAUUUGCCUCUAAACGAAGAUAUCGAUUCGAGAUGAAUGUCGUUACACCCCGCGAUACCGGCAGACCUGCAAUUUGGCGAACGUUUCGCGGCGCCGCCCGAGUAUACGUCUAUACGCUGCGCUUCGUUGCUGGGCAUUGCGCACCGCGGCAUCGCCGUUGAUGCACCGCGUUCUUCCACGCCACGUGACAUGCCGCGCGUUAAUCGCCUUCUCCAUCCGUUCGCUCCCAUUGAGCAACGAGAUCGGUGGCAGUUCGUAGAGGGAAGGGGAAGAGGGACAAGCGCGCGUAACUGUGUCCAUCCGCGUUGCUACUACUACGCCCAGCUAUACGAGCUGGUAGCGGCUCAGGAUGUCUGGGGGAAAGGAGCGGGGCGCAGGUAUAGAAUCUAACAACCGCGAACCAACACAUAGGUGAACGAAUGCCGAUCCGUCGUAGUCGUCGUAGUUGUCGUAGUCGUCGUCGUCGGCGGCGGUGGCGGCGGCGGCGGCGGCGGGGCGACAAAGGCGACGAGGACGUGGACGAGGACGUCGGCGAGGACAACGUCGGGAGUCGGUGGCGGUGGCGGCGGUGGUUGUGGUGGAGGUACCAAACGACGGAUGGUGGUGGUAGCGGCGGGCAAAGUCCCUCUCGGCGUGGGUGUCGGAGAAAGGAGGCGGCGACUAGGCCCCAAAAGAGGCGUGGCGUGCGUGGCAGAGCUUGCCGCCACGUACAACACGGCGAGGCGCUUCUACAGCGGCGACGAGAGAAAGACGCAGUGACAGAGGAUCGAGGGGGAAACAGGAACAAGAGCAAUAGGAAACAAGAGGUGGGAGCGAGAGGCCAGACCGCGGUGGGAGACAGAGGGAGACGGAGCGCGCGCGGCGCGGCGCACCGGUAACAAAAGCAGAGGAGAGAGGGAGCAGUGCGCCGAGAGGGGCGAGAAAGGGUGCGGGAGACAUACGGAGUAGUAGUAGCGGGGCGCGAAAGUGGUGCGACGCGCGGGCGCCGAAGCGCCGAAGCGCCGGCCGCCGCCGCCGCCGCCGCCGCCAGGCAGCGCCUUCCGAAUCUCAUCCCGGUCGGUCGGUCCUCGGGGGGCUUCAGUCAGUCAGCCGACGCUCCGAGAAACGCGGUGAUUAUUUCCAUUGUAUGCUCGCCGUUCUCCGCCGAGGGGGGAGGAGGAGAAGGGAGCCUUCCCACCGCACACACACGCAUACACACGUACACAUACACUCGCGCGUUUCUCUCCCUCUCUCUCUCUCUCUCUCUCCCUCUCGUCCAUCCUCCGUAUCACUCCUUCUAGCGUUUCUUCCGUGCUCCACUCCGCUCCCGCUCUCUUGUAUGCCUCGCGCGCGGCUUCUAUGCCCGUGCACAGCCUCCGCGCGCGCCUCCUUCUCGCCCCCCCCACUGACGUGGACCUACUGACGUGCCGCCGCGAGGACCGCUGAAGCCUCUCCGCCGUGCUGCAGAGCGCCUCGCAGCUCGCGACAGUGGUACGCGAAACGGAGCGUCGCGCCGCGCCGUUGUGUCGUUAUCGCGUUAUCGAGGAUAUCGCGUUACCGCUGUUCUUCGCGUGGCGCGCAAAUCGGCCUCCGCCCGCGAUUUGCGUGUACCGUCUCGCGAUUUGGUGAUUUCAAGUGAUGUACCGCGAUCGGUACUGAACGGCGACGAUCAGACCGCGGGUCAUGAGGUAGCGUGUGGAAGAAAUCGGUGCUAUAACCUCUGCCUCUGGUGAACGCUGCACCGGUCGUCCAGCCGCCCGGAGGUAUCUUCUCCUCCGCCGAUCUUUCAACCGCCGAGCUAUUGGAUGUGAGCUAUCGAGUGCCGAGAAAAACCCGGUCAAUUCCGAGAGAGCGGAUCCGUCGCUCUAGCACCCACAGCGAAUCGAUCUCACCCCUUAUCUCUCUUUCUCUCCUUCUCUCCCUCUCUGGUUUGUCAGUGACGUCUUAUUCAUUGUGCGGAGGUGCUUUCUUUCUUUGAUACGUGACAAGUGUCGGGUCAAUGGCAACGGGGUAGUCCAGGCUACCAGCGCGCAGCCAGGAUGAUAUGAGCACGCUUGGCAGACUGAGGAUGUCCUCAAAGAGGAAGUCGCCACCAACGAAGCUAUCGGAGGGCGGGGGCGGUGCGGGUACAGUGGCAGGCGCCAACGAGGAAGAGGAGGACACUACCUCGCCGGUGGCCGGUUCCGGUGGCGAGGCGGCCGUCGUUGUCGGUGAGGAGGGUGCCACCACCCCCGUCGACAUCGAGGAGUGCUACUCCCAUCAGAGAGGCGGCGAGUGUGAGUCGUCCGGCUGUUCGUCGCCGGCGACUACCAGCGAGCCGGAUCUACGGGACUCGCCGUCGCCCUCGUUGAAUUCCUUGCGGACGGCCAAGCGACAGAGGUUGCUGUUCCUGUCGAGCCAGGAGACCCUCGCACCGUACCACCAUCCCCAUCACCACCAUCACCACCACCACCAUCAUCAUCAUCAUACGAACACGUCGUCGUCGUCGGGUGCCCUGGAACCGGCGAGCUCCUCGGAGUGCGGCUCGCCACCCACCCUCCUCUCCGUCGACCCCUAUUACCCCCAUCAUCCCCAUCACAAUAACAACAACAACACCGUCACGCAGAAUAACAACAAUAACGGCAGUGGUACCACCGCUGCUGGCAGUAAAAGGUCCAUGGACGACGUUCUCAAAAGACUAACGUGCAAGAUGAACAGCGAAUCCCUGUCCAUCCAGGACGAUACUACCAAUACCAGGCGGACAUCACCGCCGCUCUCUUCCACGCCAACCGGUCACAAUGCACAUAGUUGCAGUGGAAACACAACCACCACCGUGGCAAAUAACGUGGCACUUUCACCUCCGGAUGCUGGAAAGAUAUCAAACACGGAGGCGCAAGUAGAGCAGGACGGCGUGGCGGCCCUUCAUAGGAUCCUCUGCGCCGAGAGUUUCGUUGAGAAGGAGCGCCGACUGUCGGAGAUGAUCCUGCAGCUGCAGCUGCUCAGGGAGCGUUUGGUACAACAGCAGGAUCAGUCGAAGUCGUAUCCCGCUCACAUGACGGUCGACUCGCAGAAGCAAAUCGAGAUGCAGCGGCUGCAAACGGAGCACUUGAAGCGGCAGCAAGAGCACAUCAUGCAGCACAACAUCCAGGAGUUGCAGGCUCAGAUGACAAAGAGCCAGCUGAGCAUGUCGGGGCCACAGUCGUUGAUGUUCCUGCCGUUUCUCGAGCAGCUCAGAGGGCUGCCCGUGCAGUCGCCCAUGCCACCGCCGCCGGCCACGUCAACCGCCACCACCGGCAACAAACACAUCAACUCCAUUGCCAAUGUACAUAGCCCGAUGAUCAGCAGCCAUCGGGAAGGUCCAAGCUGGGCGAUGACGCAUCUCGCGCAGAUGACCACGCAGAUGGAGAAGGAAUCGUCGUCGCCGGCGCCGAUCUCAUCCGCGGUAGCGCCGACGGCCCCGCCUCUUCAGGAUCUCGACGCCCCGUUGAACCUUACCAAGCCGAAAUCGACGUCCUCGGGCGCCACGGCGUCCUCGUCGUCGCCCGGCAGCGACUCGCACUCGACCGGCGCCGGAAGUAGCGGCCAGCAGGAGCAGCCGUUGGCGGCGACCGCGCCCAAGCUCUUCCCCCCCGGGCUGCCGAUACCGCGGAAUUACCUGCCGACGCUUCCCUACGCCGGCCUACCGCCGCAUCUCAGUAGCCUGUCUUCGCCGAUGGGCAAGGUAAUGGCCAAAGACGAGGCCGGCGGACCAGGAGGAUCCGUGGCGGCCGCUGCGGUCGCGGCCGUGGAAAAGCACUUCGCGAUGCACGGGCUAUACGGAUUGCCGUCGAACACAGGUGGGAUGCCGUCGGCCCAGACUCAAAGACCGAUCAAGCAUUCUAGCUCUCGGGAAGAGCCGCCGCAGGAGGAGCAGGAUUUUCUCUCGACGCCUCAUAUGUGGCGAGAUCCAGGAUAUAAAGUAGCGGAAGACAUAACGGAAAAAGCGAAAAUGGUGAGGCAGCAGAAAAGGGAGAGUGAGAACAAGCCACAUAUCAAGCGACCUAUGAACGCAUUCAUGGUGUGGGCCAAGGACGAACGUAGAAAGAUCUUGAAAGCCUGCCCAGACAUGCACAACUCGAACAUAUCGAAAAUUCUCGGCGCUCGGUGGAAGGCAAUGUCGAAUUCGGAGAAGCAGCCGUAUUACGAGGAACAGUCGCGGCUCUCGAAGCUGCAUAUGGAGAAGCAUCCGGACUACAGGUAUCGGCCACGGCCGAAGCGCACGUGCAUUGUGGACGGUAAAAAAAUGCGCAUCUCCGAGUACAAGUCGCUGAUGCGGCAGCGGCGGCAGGAGAUGCGGCAGCUGUGGUGCCGCGACGGCGGCAGCGAGAUGAACUUCCUGUCGCCGGUGAGCGCCGAUAUGACCGGCACGCAGCAUCACCCGGGCACGGGCGCCGGUCCAUCGGCGCGACCAUCGGUGUCACCGCCGGCGACGAUGUUAAACGGUGGCAGCGGCACUGCCGGGCCGAGCUCGGACCAUCCCUCAUUCUAUUACCCGCAGGACAGCCUCUCGCCGACGGACAUGAUGAACUUCUCGCCCGAGAAUUCCGGCUCGAUCGGCGGCUACGAUGCGAGUCCGCGGCACCACGACGAGGAUUGAACCGCGGCUCCGGGUCAGCCACUUUGGCCGCCCGGAGCAUCAUCGUCAUCAUCGUCGGCAGUGGCGGCGGCAGCGGCGGCCGCGGCGACUGCAGCGGCCGCGUCCACGUCGAGGCUCGCUUAUGAACUCUUCUGGUAAUCGAAAUCGUCCGUCUUAACAUGACGACGACGACGACGACGACGUAUCUCGAGUCACACGUGCGGCGUCAUUAGCCGCGAACGCUCGAUCGCAAGAACAUGUUCGCGAGCUCACGCUUCUUCGCACGACGAAGCGCGAAUUGGAAGAGGACACUACUUCUCGGGGAAAGAAGAGUCGGGUGUUUCGAAACCUGUCGCCGGAGGUUGUGAUAUAAUGUUCUAUCUCUGUGCCAUCGUACAUGAAACGCGAAGAACCUAUCCGCGAAGCAGAGGCGAGAUCAUCUCCGUCACGACGUCGCUCCAUCGUUGAUCUUUCUUGCUUUUCGGUACAAGUUAUCGGAAAAAUGCCGGUGUUUUCGCAGUGCGUAAUCUUUACAUCAGUUAGUCUAUUUGAUUUGUAUCGAAUAUGUGUACGCGGAUCUCGAUACAGUACUGUCCACAAACAUAUACAAUACUGUCGUAUUGACAAAGCAAUGCAUUUAGCUUGUAGAGUAUUUUGACAAUGUCUGAUGUCCGAAUCGUAGUAUUUAAUUAAUAAGAAAAUGUACCCAAUGGUCUUUCUUGUAACUUUGAUGAGUUUUAGAUGUAAUAAUUUAGUUAUCUGGGAAAAAUGGCUUAUAAGUAUUAUAAUUAUACAAUUGUGUUUUUUUUUCUUAUAUAAAUUUUGCAUAUAAAAAAAUAUUAAGAAUUGCAAAAUAAGAAAAGCAAUUGUUAAUUGGUACAACUUUAUUCUGGAUCACUUUUCCUAACAGACUUUCUUUUCAAGAUAUUUUAUUGUUUCCAUAAAAAUGGGACAUUUAAUAUAUGAAUCAUUUUUCUCAGAUGUAUUCUUUAAUUUUUGCUAUUAGACAAUUUUUUUAAGAUUGAAAAAGAGUCAGAAAAUUAUUGACAGUAUUAAUUUACAAAACAGUUUUCUUCACGGUUAUAAUAAAAGCGAAGCCUUAAAAUGAAGUUGAAUAUAUUUAGGAAAAAAUAUCUUUUAUAUUUUAACCUUUAGGCUCAUUUCUAAAGCUCAUUAAUCGGACAGAGGAACAAUUGGCUUUCUUUGCAAGGUCUUUAUUUUUAACAAAAAUUUAAUGAUCUAAGUGCGCAUCGUUUCGCAUUUCAAUUUUCAAUUUUCCUAGGACUGCGCAAUGCUCUUAUAAUACGCAAUUUCGAAACAAUCUGUAUUGAGGCCCGAGUGUAUUUAUUCGUUUCUACAUGCAACAAUCGAUGGUCCAUGAAUCAUUUUUUGUGUGAAGAUGCUUCUGUCGCUCGUUUAUGUUCAGGCAUUUUCAGGUGAAUUCUAAAUACACAUUUAGAAAAGAAAACUAAGCUGAAACAAUAGGAACAAAAUCGUAAGAUUUUGAAAGACGUCUACUAUCCUAAUCUCUCACACGUUCUCCGGACGUCGAACGUUUUUUGUUAUGUAAAAAAUUGCUUCUGCAAUUACACGGGCAAUGACGGAGGACGGCGUCUCUUACGCACGUCGCAAAAUUUCCUGUAUAUUCUGUAUCGUUAACCAAAACUGCAGUUACACGAAACACGGUAGACGCCGGUAGCUAACGUGUAGAGAUAAUGAUUAAACUGGCGUUGAACUAGCGACCAAAAAAUCCGAUACUCGUUGCAGUUCAAUCUCUUUGCAUGCGAUGUGCGUGCACGCGAGGCACGAAGGCACGCGCAUAUAUACGCAUAAUUUUUAUAAGACAAUCGCGCGCCGAUCGUUCGGAUGCGCAGCUCGUGCCGGUCUUCUCUUAUCGGACUCUUGGAUACGUAGCCGAUAAUCACGCACACGUUGCGACACGAUGCAUGGCCAAAAAGUCUUGUUCCUAUUUCUCCUAGUGUGUAUGUGUGUGUGUGCAUAACGAUACGCCGCGAUUCCGGACGGCCGUAUUGAGCGAAAAAAAAACGAAGCAAAAAGAAAGAAUGGAAGGAAAAAAGUAAACGAUAAAUAGAAAUGGUCUAUCGCACAGAGCAUCUCCCGCAACGGAUCCGCGCGCGUCCAUGGACCGAGUAGACGUCGCACGUGGCAAUAUCUUAUCUUGCGACCGCCAGAGUCAGUUGUUUAAAAUGUUCCAUCGUAUGUAAAACAAUAUUGCGUUCGACGCGCCGACGAACGAAAGGUCGGAACAGAGUGAGACAAAGCUAGAAGAUAAUCGCUUGCGCGAUUAAAUCCCGAUGCGUUAGACGCGUAACGGGACUUCUCGUUUAAUAUAAAUGCCUAGUACUUAUAGUAUUUUCAUCGUUAAUUUAUUGACCCUAAUGUAAAAAUGGCAAUGAGCCGACGGCGAUUUAAUAGUCGAUUGAAUGACAAGGGGCAAAAAGGGACGAGAGGGUGUAAAGGAGGGUUGAAAUGAAACGGACAUUGGAAAUUAGCGGAUUGUCGAUAUAUUAGUUACGAUAAAACGGAAGGGAUUAUAGCGUUAUUUAUCGAAAGAUCAGUGCGCAUCUGCGAUCCCGAUUGUCAUGCUAGACACGUCGCCUUUAUUCUCGUAGGGGCGCGCGUUUACGCGUUUCUCCAUCUUCGAAUCACAUUUACGAAUGUGGGGGAGAUUGUGGUAUAGAAGGGGGAUGGGGUGAGAGAUCGAUGGAGACAAUUACGGCCUCACGUAAAUCGAUGCGAAAAGGCGAACACAGUUGUAACGUAGCUAGGCAGAGUUGAUCUGUGGGACGAUCGAACACAGAGCGAUAUAAUGAUUUGGAGCUUGAUGUGAUAUAAUACUUAUGUGCCAAAUAGCGUUUUCGCGGGCGGGGGGUUAAUCAAAAAAAAGGAAAAGAGAGAGAAGAAACUACUAGUUCCGAGUCGCCUCGUUGGCUCGACGUGAAACGAAUUUUGUUGUGUCUCCUCCUUUUUUCAUGUUUUCUUCUUUUGUUAUUUAUAAUCAGUGCAAUUUACAUACACACACACGGUACCUAAUAUAAUUUUAUAAAAAGAGCCAGUAUCCUCGAUAUAUAUCUGCACCCGUUUUAUUGGGGCUCGACCGGCAUCAGAUUUAGGGUAGCUUAAUGUUGAUAAUAAUUUAUUUUAUGUAUAUAAUGGAUUUGUACAUUGUGUCGGGAAAUAAUGAUCGAUACGCAGCCCGACACGAGCGUCAAUAUUAUUAAUGUACAGUGUAACUAUAUUGUGAUGUAUCUACGUAGCUACAUUAUAUAUGUAAUUAUUCGAAGUAUGUAGAUUAACAAUGUUAAACGCGAUGUAUUCUUAUUUUCAAUGUCAUUAUUAUCUUUAUUAUUAUCUUUAUUAUUAUUAUUAUUAUUAUAUAGAGAUGGCACAAUUAUUAUUAUCAUUAUUAUAAAUAUUAUAGUUAUUAAUAUCGUUGCUUACUUAGUAAACUAUUAUUUAAGUGACGAGCCUUAUUAUUUUUAGUAGCAAAAGGAAAAAGGUUGUACGUGCCAGUUUUAGACAAGAACGGCAAGUGAAAGUUGGUCGUUUUAUGCUCGAAUACUCAAUCAAAUUUUAAUGAAAUAUUUCUAUACAACAUACAUUUUUAACGUAAUAUCUCUAUAUACAUGUUUUCCCUCGUUCAAGCCGUUUUCUUAGUCUGUGAUGAUUUCGGAAUACAUUUAGGAAUUUCAAUUUUAUAAUCACAUUCAUUCAUUUCAAAGUUUUGCGUUUUUAAAUACGUCUCUCUGUCUAGUUUAAUUUUUCAUCGCCAGUUUUUUUCAAAGAUAAAUUUUGAAAGAAAUUUUUUAAUCGUUUUACUUCUAGACAAUGGCAAUUUUUCACUUAGCAAAAAAACAUUUCGAGUGAAUCAUUUGCCUAUAUUGCAUUUUUUCCGAUUGUGCCAUAUCUUUGUUACAAAUAUUGGAAAUUUUAAUUGUUUUCACAUUUGCAAAAUUUUAUGAAAUCAAACCACCUGACGAGAUGUAACUCGCGCGUGCAAUGGAGUUUGGUCCGCGUUUCUCUUUUUAAAAGCCUUACCGAUUCUUAUUGUUGUCCGCAGUGUUUGCUUUUUUUGAUAAAAAUCGGUUCUGCAUUCCAUCGAUUGCGAGAUUUCUAUCUACGAUGAUCGUUGAAAUUAGUAAUGAUAUUUAGUCUCCGUGGCGAUCUCCUUACUUUCAGGUAUCACGAAUGUUAACGCGAUAAUAUAUCAACACACACGAUUAUUAUAUUUACUGGCCUUUACAUGCAACCAAUGCGAAUGCAAACUGUAAGAAUAGUAAAUUGUAAAUCGAAUUACACUACUAAUAUUAUAGUAUAUUUAACGUAAAGAAAAAAAGAACACUAACAUCCGCUCUCAAUAUUCCAAGCAUUCACUUCAUUUACAUGUACGUUGUUGUUAAUGGUAUAAAAAAUAUAAUAAAAUAACGCUUUACCGAAAUUCAAUCUUAGUUUUAGGUAUAUAUGACACUAUUUCUAGAUGAAAAAACUUGUAUGUAUGAAGGAUGUAUAUAGUUAUGCAGUGCAAAUGGGGAGAGACAGAAUGAACG